AUGGAUGAACGGGCUAAAUUUGUGGAGGAAUUGUUAGAUGUUGAGUCCGGUGAUGUUCGGCUCCUAGUAAUCCAUGGAGAACGUGGCACUGGGAAAAAAACUCUUGCCAGAGCCCUUUUCCUGCAACUCUCUGCACGAUUUCAAGGUAGCAGCUUCAUUGCCGAUGUAGGAGAAAUACAGAGGCAUUAUGGUUUUGAAAAUCUAGAACGCAAACCGCUGAGCAACAUCUAUGGCGAUGGAUUACCAAAAAAAGGAAACAAUGUCGGUGACAAUUCUGGCAAGUCAAGAUCUGUUAAAGAAAGCUUUCGAGACAAGAAAGUUCUCAUAGUCCUUGAUGGUGUGGACAAAUGGCAACAAAUCAAGAAAGUAGCAGACGGCUCAUUCCACACUGGCGAUGUGAUCGGUGAGCAGCUUCUGCGAGGCAUAGAGAUAUUACAUAUCUACAUGGUCAUGCUCACGGAGAACUAUGUCGAGAGUAAAUGGUGA